GUUUCUCUUUCUGAAGGAUGUACACGUGGUAAAUAUGGCUUCAGUUGCCAUUUGAAUUGUGACCACUGUUUAAAUGGAAGUGCAGAUUGUGACACGGUUACUGGACACUGUUCUAAUGGCUGUGACGCUGGGUGGAGAGGAGAUACAUGCAAAACAGCGUGUGGUCCUGGUACAUUAUGGCACCAAGUGCAUCCACACGUGUGGACAGUGUUUAAAUGGAAAUACAGAAUGUGACACGGUUACUGGGCGUUGUCCUAAAGGGUGUAGAGCUGGAUGGAGUGGUGACACAUAUAAAACAGCAUGCACACCUGGCCGUUACGGUACCGACUGCAGAGAGGCAUGUGGACAUUGUUUGAAUGGAAAUAUAGAAUGCGAUAAGGAGACUGGGCACUGUUCUAAUGGGUGCGGUGAUGGAUGGAGCGAUGCCAUGUGCAAAACAGAAUGCGAUGCGGGGAAAUACGGAGACUUGCAAUGUGAUCGCUUCACUGGAUAUGGUCUUGGUGAAUAUGUUGCUGGUUUUACUAACGCUGAGACUGGCUGUAGAGAGAAACUUAUUUCUGACAACGAAGUCAAGAAUGGUGACACUGCGUUGGUCGUGGUUGCCGGGAUACUUUUCAUUUCACUUGUUGCUGUCUCAGGUUUUCUCGUAUGGCAUAUUAGACGUAAAACGGUGAAACAACGAUGUGAUGGCCGACACACUUCCAGAGGAAUCAACGUGCGCAUGACCAACCCGAGCGUCUCGCGUGGAGCGGUUACCCAUGUUAGUUCAGCAGAACGGAGUGGUCAAAGGAAUACCCAGCAGAGACGACAAGUCAACUCUGAGUGCGCUAGUCGAUCGAAUGAAUAUGAAACACUUAACAUAACGAACACCAGGUUCAUUGAGAGAGAGAGAGAGAGAGAGAGAGAGAGAGAGAGAGAGAGAGAGAGAGAGAGAGAGAGAGAGAGAGAGAGAGAGAGAGAGAGAGAGAGAGAGAGAGUUACUGUACAGUUAAAGAUAGUGAGGGAAAAAACGAAAACGAAACAUAACCACAGAAAGGCCAUCAUGCAGUCUGUAUGGUUACCACUUUCGAAACACGUCACGAUAAACACCGAUGCCAUCGAGGUCAGUUGCACCUCAUGAUAGCGCUCUCUCACUGACUUGCAUGUUGCCCCUUUUACAGGGAGUGGCAACCAGUCAACCAAUGGUACAUAUUCCAUGAAACAGGCACGUCAUCCUCUGUUUGCACUGGAAUAGGUAUGGUCAAGUGGUUUUAUGUGCACAUUCAUAAGGCCAUAUAUCUGUUAUCUACCUAUCUGGUUAACCAAAAGCAGUCUUAUGUUUCACUAUGAAUAUUUCAUGGCAGACAGCUUUGAAGUGGUAACUAUUAGACUGGAGUUGACAGGGGAGAGCAUGUACUUUGCACACAUGUG